GCCGCCCCGGCCCCCGCCCGCCCGCCGCGGGCUCCCGGCCAGCGCGGGGCGCAGCGAGGAUGGGAGGGGCGCAGUCCCUGCAGCCAGCCGCCGCCUGCGAGCCGAGCCCGGAGGCCCCCGAGGCCAUGAGCUCUGACUCGGAGGAAGCCUUUGAGACCCCGGAGUCCACGACCCCCGUCAAAGCACCCCCGGCCCCGCCCCCGCCGCCCCCCGAGGUCGUCCCGGAGCCCGAGGUCAGCGCGCCCCCCUCCCCGGAGGAACCAGGCGGCGGGGAGCCGGCCCCCGGCCCCGAUGGCCCCCCGAGCGUGCCCCCCGCGGACGGCAGCCCGCUGCGGCCGCCCGCCCACUCCUGCUCCGCCGUCUUCGACGAGGACAAGCCCAUAGCCAGCAGCGGCGCCUACAACCUGGACUUCGACAGCAUCGAGCUGGUGGAGCCCCGGCCCACGGACCCCACGGCCUCGGAGGGCCCCCCGGGCGCGCGGAGGAGGUCCCCGGACCCCGGGCCCCCCGCCCGGGCCGCGCCGGCCCGCUCCCUCAGCCUGCAGGCCGGCGACCUGGAUGGUGCUGCCUGCCCGGCCGACGCCGAGGCCAGCAGCUCCGGGCCGGCCGGCGACUGCGGGUCCCUCAAGCGGGCGAAGAGGCCACGGCCGCCGUCCCUGAGGAGGAAGCAGCCCCCCAAGAGGCCCCCCGAGGCGCCCCCCGUGCCCGAGGCCCCGCCGGCCGAGGAGGGCCCCGGGCCCGGCGAGGAGAGCCGGCCCCCCGGGCCCGACAGGGAGCCGGCGCCCCCGGAGGCCCCCGCCCCCGCCGAGGAGGCCCCCCCGGAGCCCGCCGGCCCCGCGGACGCGGUGGGCACGGACGUGGUGGGCACGGACGCGGUGGGCACGGACGCGGUGGGCGCCGACGGGGCCGCCCCCCCUGGAGGGGGCAGCGUGCAGAACUCACCGCCCGUCGGCAGGAAGGCGGCCCCGGCCCCGGCCCCCGAGGCGGACAGCGGGCCCCCCGAGGACCCCCCGGCCAGGGGGGGCGUGCGGCUGGAGUUCGACUACUCGGAGGACGGCGGGCCGGAGGCGGCCGCUGCCAGGAAGCCGGGCCGGAAGCCGGGGGCCAGGAUGCCCCUGCGACGGCCGAAGGCGAAGAAGGGCCCCGAGCGGCUGGAGGGCGCCCCCGCCUCGCCCCCCCGGGCCCCCGCCGAGCCCGGCGACGCCCCGGCCGCCAGGGGCUCCUACACCUUCGACGCCGACAAGUGGGACGACCCCAACUUCAACCCCUUCUCCUCCGCCUCCAAGAUGCAGGCGUCGCCCAAGCUGCCGCCGCCCGCCGCCUUCGGCUUCGCGCCCGAGGCCCUCGGGGAGCCUGCCGAGCCCGGCCCCGCGCCCGGCUCGCCCGCCAAGGCCCCCGCCUCCUUCGAGAUCCCCGUGGGCGCCCCCGACGGCCACGCGGACGGCGACGGGCCGGGCAAGCCCGCCAAGAAGAAGAAGACGCCGCUCAAGACGAUGGUUGAAGACGUGAUGUCUGUGUGUUCUCUGUUUGACACGUUCAGGGUGAAGAAGUCGCCAAAGCGGUCCCCCCUCUCGGACCCCCCCUCUCAGGACCCCACGCCCGCGGCCACACCGGAGGCGCCGCCCGUGAUCGCGGCCGUGGUCCACGCCACGGACGAGGAGAAGCUGGCGGUCACCAGCCAGAAGUGGGCGUGCAUGACGGUGGAGCUGGAGGCGGACAAGCAGGACUUCCCGCAGCCCUCCGACCUGUCCUCCUUCGUCAACGAGACCAAGUUCAGCUCCCCCUCCGAGGAGCUGGACUACAGGAACGCCUACGAGAUCGAGUACAUGGAGAAGAUCGGCUCCUCCCUGCCCGAGGACGACGCCCCGAAGAAGCAGGCCCUGUACCUCAUGUUCGACACAACCCAGGGGAGCCCCGUCCGGUCCCCGCCCACCCGGACGUCCGAGUCCCCCACGCCGUGCUCGGGGUCGAGCUUCGAGGAGGCCGAAGGGGUGAAGGGCCCCUCGCCGGCCCCCCGCGGGCUGGCCCCCGGCCAGGAGCCGCUCACGCCGGGCCCGGGCCCGGAGAAGCCCCGGCAGAAGGAGCUGGAGGCCAGGGCCAUGGGCGCCGCCGCCGAGGGGAUCGAGAUGGCGGCUCCGGAGGGCGCUUUUGCCUCGGCGGACGCCCUGCUCAGCAGGCUGGCGGACCCGGCCUCGCUCUGCGGCGCGCUCGACUACCUGGAGCCGGACCUGGCGGAGAAGAACCCCCCGGUGUUCGCUCAGAAGCUGCAGGAGGAGCUGGAGUUGGCUGUCAUGCGGAUCGAGGCGCUGAAGCUGGCCCGGCAGAUCGCGCUGGCCUCCCGCAGCCGCCAGGAUGCCCAGAGGGAAGCUGUGCACCCGGCCGAGGUCUCCCUCUCCAAAGCGGCCCUGUACUCCCGCCUGGCGCCCGCGGAGCCCGAGAAGGCGCCCGGCCUCCUGUUCCCGCCGCCCGACCUGGACUCCGCGCUGCAGGUGGCCCGGGCCGAGGUCCUCGCCAAGGAGAGGGAGGUCUCCGAGUGGAAGGCCAAGCACGAGGAGAGCCGGCGCGAGGUCAUGGAGAUGAGGAAGAUCGUGGCCGAGUACGAGAAGACCAUCGCUCAGAUGAUAGGCAAGCCAGAGGACGAGCAGCGGGAGAAGUCGGUCUCCCACCAGACGGUGCAGCAGCUGGUGCUGGAGAAGGAGCAGGCCCUGGCCGACCUCAACUCCGUGGAGAAGUCCCUGGCGGACCUCUUCCGGAGGUACGAGAAGAUGAAGGAGGUGCUGGAGGGCUUCCGCAAGAACGAGGAGGUGCUGAAGAAGUGCGCCCAGGAGUACCUGUCCCGCGUGAAGAAGGAGGAGCAGCGGUACCAGGCCCUGAAGGUGCACGCGGAAGAGAAGCUGGACAGGGCCAACGCUGAGAUCGCCCAGGUGCGGGGCAAGGCCCAGCAGGAGCAGGCCGCCUACCAGGCCAGCCUGCGCAAGGAGCAGCUGCGGGUGGACGCCCUGGAGCGGACGCUGGAGCAGAAGAACAAAGAGAUCGAGGAGCUCACCAAGAUCUGCGAUGAACUGAUCGCCAAAAUGGGGAGGAGCUAACUCUGAGCCAAACGUCUGGCCUUGACCGUUGCGUGCAAUACGCCCAUCGGCGCCUGCUGCGCCCCCGGCCGCGGCCGUCGGGGUGCGUUUUCCCGGCGUCGGAGCCGGUCCGGUCCCCACGGAGGACGCGCCGGCUGGCCUUGCCCUCUGACCUGCGUCCCCAGGGGCGUGGCUCUUGGAUUUCCUGUGACCACGGACUGCUUGCACAGGGACCCUUGCCUUAAGGAGUGUACACUUCACCGCGGUGGGAGGAGAAAAUGCAUGUUCGGGUUCAGUUCUCUGUUGUAAAUAAAGUUUUUUUGAUCUUGGCAA